AUGACUCGUCUGUCUCUGACUGCAUGCUUCAUGCUUCAUACCAUUUCUCGAAAUUGUUUGCCGAUGACAUGGCGCUUUGCAUACUCGGAUCGGUUCUUGACCAUCUUCGUCCACUGCCUUUUUAGCUGGUUUGAUUACCUUCUAUCGCCGAUAUUAUUGGCUCUUUGGGUAUCGGUGACAGCUACCAGUAGUAGCCCGACCAAGUACGUGUCAUCGAAAGAACGGUAUACGGAUUUCUGCGCGAAUGUGUUCUUCCAACGGAUUAUUCAGAGGAGCAUAAUGCUCUUUUGUCUGAUUAUGCUCGCGGAAUAUGAAAAAAUAGUUACGGUGCUCCUUUGCUGGCUACUUUGCACUGGGUUUUCUCUGGGCAGAAGUGUGGGCGACAAAAUGGUGGACGUUUGCGUCCAUUACUUGACGGCAGGGCCCCUGCCUAACCUCUUUUUCCCCCUCAUCUUUCUUUCUUGCAUCAACAUCAUCCCCUCCUCUGAUAUCUGUGCUUGUCUAGAUACAUACGUGCUUUCCCCACGUGACGCAUCGGAUCUUUCCUGUCGUGGAGUUCCUCCCGAUCAGGCAGAGUCGCAUUUCACCGGCUGGAAAAUUCCAGACACCUGCACAUGCACAUCCGAACUAAGCAAAGCGCUUGCCGAGCGUUUGCCCCUCCACGCCUGUGGCAGAACGGGAAGGGGACAAGCUGUGAUAAGAGUCAAUUUACAUUGCUUUUAUUCGUUCAUCCGUCCUGCCAUAAUAUCAAGCUAA